UACAAGCAAGCAUGACAUUGGUGUUCCAGUUAGCUGGCGGCAACAUUACCCCCUCCACGAGCUCUUCAUUGCCCAACGGACUCACACUCCUUCCUUCUCUCCAAAUCUGAGGGACUCAAUUGGUUACCAAAAACGAACGAAGCCCAUAACCGUAUAUCAAACUUCAAACUCCCCAAUUGCACCAAUCACAAACACUCAUCAAAACGCGUCGCGCUCUCCAAUCAAACCCCAACAUUUGCAAUUCCAGAGGUCCCAGCCUAGAAUCUCUCUCUUUCUCUCUCUCUCUCGUUCCCUCUCACUCUCUCUGUUCGUUUCUUCGGUACGUUUAUGUUUCAGAACCAUUGCUCACUUGCUUUUCGAUGUGUGAUUCUGGUUCAGUUGUCACUGUGAUCCGUAUAAGUGGAUGACUUUUGUAACCAGAUCUGCUUAAUUGGGCUCAUUUUGUUGAUUGCUCCUUUGAAAUGGGCAGCUGGGUUUUGGUAGUUCCAUAAUUCAGUGAAUUGUGGGUCAAAACUGUUUAGAAUCUCUCUCUCUCUCUCUCUCUCUCUCUCUCUCUCUCUCUCUCUAGCAGUUUGCACAAACUGAGAAGGAAAUGGCAAAAUGUUGAUGCACUAGAGAAUUUGCUUUCAUUAUAUAAUCCGGGCACCAAUGCAGGAAGACCCAUCUCUGUUUUUCAUUCAUUGGCUUAACUGCUCGGUAACGUUGAGCUCAAGGAGGGAGCAGUAUGUGAUUUGAGUUGCUGACUCCUAAUCUUUAUGUAGUAUUUUGUUCCUAAAGUGGAAACUUCCGGCUUCAUCUGAAUGUAAAUGGAUGCCUUUUCGGAGGCUGAGGGGUAAAGGCUCUCUACAGUGGCCAGUUGAAAGAAAUAUAUAACAAAUGGCUCCCACAAGUAAAGCUGAUAAGAAGGCGGCAGAUGCAGCCGCAUGGAUGUUCAAUGUUGUAACAUCUGUUGGGAUUAUAAUUGUCAAUAAAGCUCUAAUGGCAACAUAUGGCUUCAGUUUUGCUACAACAUUAACUGGUUUGCACUUUGCUACAACAACUUUGAUGACGGUUGUUCUAAGGUGGCUGGGAUACAUUCAACCUUCUCAUCUACCAGUCUCUGAGCUUCUGAAAUUUAUGAUCUUUGCUAACUUCUCUAUUGUUGGAAUGAACGUUAGUCUAAUGUGGAACUCAGUGGGAUUCUAUCAGAUCGCAAAGCUGAGUAUGAUCCCUGUAUCAUGUUUACUGGAAGUUGUUCUUGACAAGAUUCGUUACUCAAGAGACACAAAGUUGAGCAUAGGAGUUGUUCUCUUGGGAGUUGGUGUUUGCACUGUCACUGAUGUGAGUGUCAAUGCCAAGGGCUUCAUUGCUGCCUUUAUAGCUGUAUGGAGCACUUCGCUACAACAGUAUUAUGUGCACUUUCUUCAACGGAAAUAUUCACUUGGUUCUUUCAGUCUGUUGGGACAUACUGCUCCAGCUCAGGCUGGAUCUCUUCUGUUACUAGGCCCCUUCCUUGACUAUUGGUUGACAAGUAAGAGAGUUGAUGCCUAUGACUAUAACUUUACAUCUCUGAUGUUUAUAUUUCUUUCAUGCACAAUCGCAGUAGGCACCAAUCUCAGCCAGUUCAUCUGUAUUGGAAGAUUUACUGCUGUCUCCUUCCAAGUACUUGGACAUAUGAAGACAAUUCUUGUUUUGAUCAUGGGGUUCUUUUUCUUUGGAAAGGAGGGUCUGAAUCUGCAUGUUGUUUUGGGAAUGAUCAUAGCUGUUGUUGGGAUGAUUUGGUAUGGAAAUGCCUCAUCUAAGCCCGGUGGAAAGGAGCGCUGGAGCCACGCUCUCCCUACAAGCAGGCAGCAAAAACACAGUGGUUUUCCUGAAUCUACCGAACAUGAUGGAAAAGUUUAAAUUCAUUCAGAUUAAGUAAAAAUGGCUGAUUUCAGGAAAUUCUUAAAUCAUUUGAGGCUAGAAAAACCGACAUUUCUUCUAAUUAUUUAUCCUCGUUGUAAUUUCUAUUUGUUGUCAGGUAUUCAGUCCCUUUGGGGGGGUGGAUGCAUCAAAGAUAGGGCAAAAUUUCACAAAACUUCCA